AUGACCAACGUCUUUGGAGUCCCCGUUUUCUUCAUCGUCUUCCGAGAAUGUCUCGAAGGCGUCAUAAUCGUCUCGGUGUUGCUCUCCUUCUUGAAGCAGUCUCUGGGUCAGCCGUCUCAGGACCCGGCCAUCUACAAGCGCCUGAGACGACAAGUAUGGGCAGGUUCCCUGACGGGCAUUCUCAUAGCAAUGAUCAUUGGGGGCGCCUUCAUUGGCGUCUUCUACGGUCUGGGCCACGACAUCUGGGCCGAGUCCGAGGAUCUGUGGGAAGGCAUCUUCUACCUCAUUGCGAGCAUCAUCAUCACCAUCAUGGGCCUGGCCAUCCUGCGCAUCAACAAGACCAAAGAAAAGUGGAGGGUCAAGAUUGCAGAAGCACUGGUCGCUAAGACCAAAUACCACGACACAGCCUCCAAGCUGGGCGAAUGGAGCCGGCGAUACGCCAUGUUCCUCCUCCCCUUCGUCACCACUCUCCGCGAAGGCCUCGAGGCUGUUGUCUUUGUCGGCGGCGUCUCGCUCGGUCUGCCUGCAACGGCGUUCCCCAUCCCAGUCAUCACUGGCAUCCUCGCCGGUCUUCUCGUCGGUUACCUCAUCUACCGUAGCGGCAACUACAUGACGAUCCAGUACUUCCUGAUCGCCUCCACCUGCGUGCUUUACCUCAUCGCCGCCGGCAUGUUCUCCAAGGCGGUGUGGAGCUUGCAGUUCCACCGGUUCGCACAACAGGUUGGCGGGGACGUGGCCGAAUCAGGGGAUGGUCCUGGCUCCUAUAACAUCGACCAGACCGUCUGGCACGUCAACUGCUGCAACCCGGAACGCGAUAACGGGUGGGACGUGUUCAAUGCGCUUCUUGGCUGGCAGAACACCGCGACGUACGGCUCCGUCAUCUCAUACAAUGCCUACUGGAUCUUCAUCAUGGUCGCUGUCACAUGCAUGCUGUACGAAGAACGCACCGGCGGACUUCCGCUCCAGAAGCCCUUCCUCCGAUUUCUCUCCAAGAUCCCUGGCUUCCGAAGUUAUGCUACCCGCAAACUCAACCCUCAAAGGAGAGAGGCUGGAGAUGUCGUCGCCCAGGUCGACAGCAAUGCAUUUACACAUGGUCUGCAGAGACCUGUUUCCGCAAGUUAG